UCAUUAAAACCUUUGGACCCAUGUUGGUGAUCCUCGGUGUGCUGGUGACAUUCUCCCUUGUUGAUUCCGUUUGGUUCCAGUCGAUGGUCGCUGCAGCACCCACGUAUAUACACAGCCAUUUUUAAUGCAGGAACGUGUGCAUUUGGAUUGUACACUUGCAUACUGUUCUAUCACACACAGAACACAUGAGUGCCCCCAGAGCAAGCAGCUUGCUUUUGGGGCACUCAGCAAGGAAUACCUUCAGUGGACUCAAGAAGAGGAGGAUCGAGGCUGCACUGUGCAAAACUAUUGCCCAGAGCAGGUA